UCUUUGGUGUUGCAGAUGUGGUGCAGUCGUGUCUUGCUGAUCAGCUGGGGUAUGCUGCUGCUCCAGCUGCUCAAUUUGGAGGCUGUUCCCAUCAGUAAGGACAAGACUAAAAUUCAAGAGCCACCGGUCAAGAUAGAAGAUGCUCCAAGUGUUGAUACAGGCCUUCACUAUGACCGCUACCUUAGAGAAGUCAUCGAUUUUCUCGAAAAAGACGAACAUUUCAGAGAAAAACUCCAUAAUACAGACAUGGAAGAUAUCAAGGACGGUAAACUCGCCAAAGAGCUGGACUUUGUAAGCCACCAUGUAAGAACCAAACUGGACGAGUUGAAGAGGCAGGAAGUAAAUCGACUGAGGACACUCAUUAAGGCCAGGCAUGACCUUGAAGGUGGAAAUGAUAUCGCAGUGGACCACCAGGUUCUGCUGAAACAGUUUGAAUACUUGAACCAUAUGAACCCUCAUACAUUUGAAGUGGAAGAUCUGGAUCGUCUCAUCAAAUCGGCCACAAAUGAUCUGGAGAACUUUGACAAAGAGAGACACGAGGAGUUCAAGCGUUACGAAAUGAUGAAGGAACACGACAGGCGGGAACACCUGAAGACAUUGGAUGACGAUCAGCGAAAACAAGAGGAGGAGCACUAUGAGGAGCUGAGGAAAAAACACGCCGAUCACCCUAAAGUCAACCACCCAGGCAGCCAGAAUCAACUCAAGGAAGUGUGGGAAGAUACUGAUGGUUUAGACCCAGAGGACUUUGAUCCCAAAACCUUUUUCAAUUUGCAUGACACCAACGGAGAUGGCUUUUUUGAUGAACAGGAACUGGAAUCACUGUUCACUAAGGAGUUGGAAAAACUUUACGAUCCCACAAACGAGGAGGAUGACAUGGUAGAAAUGGAAGAAGAGAGGUUGCGCAUGAGGGAGCAUGUCAUGAAUGAGGUGGAUUCAAACAAAGAUAGGCUGGUGUCAUUAGAUGAAUUCAUGACUGCAACAAAUAAAAAAGAAUUCUUGGAGCCAGAUAGUUGGGAGACGUUGGAGCAGAACCAGGCCUACACAGAUGACGAGAUGAGGGAGUUUGAGGAGCACCUCGCUCGUCAAGAACAAGAGCUUCACCAGAAAUCCGCCGAUCUUGAGAAACAGAGAAACGAGCUGGAAAGACAGCAGGAGCAACUUAAUGCACAGAAAAUGGAGUUGCAGCAGGCAGUUGAUCAUAUGGAACGACUCCGGUCUGAGAAACUAGAGCCCCCUCCGGAAGUCCACGUGGAAGGAAACGCCAUCCCGGAGAUCCACGCUCUCGACAAUCAGCAGCAGCACAACCAAGAGGCUCUCGGCCAUGAGCAUCAGCAGGCAGCGCAGGUUCAUCCUGAGGCUUCUCAAGACCAGAAUCAGCAAACAGGCCAGCAGACACACCAAGAUCUGCCUCCGGGCCAUCAAGAAAACCAACAAAGCCAGAACCACUUGCAGUAG